AAACCCGUACACAGUCCACCUUACCCUCUCUCUCUCUAUCUCUAUCUCUCUCUUCUUCGAGCGUGCGUGGUGGCGUCGUACCCUUCUUCUCCUUCCGCCUCUUCGCGGCCUAUAGCAGGCGCUCCCUCGAUCUCCUCCAUCGCAUUUCCUUCCCCCUCGAAUCUCUCUCUCUCUCUCCCCCUCCCUUCCUCCCUCGCUCGCCUCGAUUUCCCGAACGGGCCUCUCCGAGCGCUCGUCGGUGUCGCGGGGGGCGCGCGUGCGCGCGUGUCUUUUUUUCGUCUCGUUUCUCUCCCCGAGGUUGCGCCGCUUUCUCGGAUUCGGUUCCGGCGCGUCUCCCCUUCCGGUUCCGCCCCCGCGAUCCCAAUUCCGCCCGCUCGCCUCCUCGCGGCGCUCGAUUCCGGCGCGGUUCUCGUCCUGGGGGUCGGAAUUCCACCCCUCCCUUCCCUCGUCCCGCGCUCUCCGCUUUCCUUCGGGUCGCGGGGGAAUGCUCUCCGGGCCGCGGGGCGUGCUGGAAUUCGGUGGUUCCCCGGGUUGCUGUACCGUUUUCCUGCGGCGAGAUGUCCCCGGUCGUGCUGAAGGCGAAGCUGCGCCAUGCGGAAUGCAUCGGUAGUUAGGGUUUUGCAUUGUUGCGAGCCUAAUUGUUUGAUACCGGUGUCGUGUCUAGGCGAUUUCAACGUGUGGAUAUGUUCCCCGCCUCUGUGUUUUUUUCCUCGAGAAAACGCUGAUAAGUAGGAACCGGGGCGGUAUGUAGAAUUCCUUGUGGUGCUGUUCUUGUUGGUGGCGCUGUCUUUUAUGCUUGUGGUUGAUUUUGGAUUGAGAAUUUGGCGGACGAACGUAGAAGAGGGAAGAAGGUUCCCCGCCUUUUCGUGAGUGAAGAGGCUGUCCAUACAGUAUUGCAUGGGUAAUAAACUGGGAAGGAGGAGACAGGUGGUGGAUGAGAAAUAUACGAGGCCUCAAGGGCUGUACCAUCAUAAAGAUGUCGACAUUAAGAGGCUCAGGAAACUUAUUCUUGAAUCCAAGCUUGCUCCGUGCUAUCCGGGCGACGAAGAAAGCACGUGUGAUCUCGAAGAAUGCCCAAUUUGCUUCUUGUACUACCCCAGCCUUAACCGAUCCAGAUGUUGCACAAAAGGCAUUUGUACAGAGUGUUUUCUGCAAAUGAAGAUUCCUAAUUCAACUCGCCCUACUCCGUGCCCAUUUUGCAAAACCUCAAAUUAUGCCGUGGAAUAUCGGGGUGUGAAAACAAAGGAGGAAAAGGGCAUUGAGCAAAUUGAAGAACAGCGUGUAAUAGAAGCAAAGAUCAGGAUGCGACAAAAGGAACUCCAGGAUGAGGAAGAGCGGAUGCAGAAGAGACAAGAUUUGAGUUCGUCAAGCAGAACCAUGGCACCUGUUGAGGUUGAUAAUGGCUCAGUUGGAGUUCAAUCUAGGAGAUCUCCUGUAGAUGAAGAAGAAAUUGUUUCUGCUGAUCAAUCUUAUUCUACUUCGAUAAGCAGGCAACCUCCCCACCUGAGGACAAACAGGGAUGAUGAAUUUGAUCUGGAUCUCGAGGACAUAAUGGUCAUGGAAGCAAUCUGGCUUUCUAUUCAGGAGAAAGGCAAGUUUAACGCCCUUGCUCAAAGUGAGGCUGCUCCUUCUGAACAGUAUGUCUCAGAAGACCACUACGUUUCCCAAGCCACUGCUCCAUUGGCAGGCUCUGGAUCAUCUCCAUCUGGUGGACUUGCCUGUGCAAUAGCUGCCCUUGCUGAGCGGCAACAGAUGAGUGGAGAAUCCUCCUUUAGCCACAAUACUACUAUGUCAACAUACAAUGUGCCACCAAAUUGUGGUCAGUUUUACCCAACUGCAGUACAAGAUUCGGAUGGUUAUGCUGCGCCAGAGAGUGGAACAACGGAACUUGUGCAUGGGGGUGGGAUUCCACUGGCAAGGGAUGAUGGUGAAUGGAACAUGGACCGUGGGUCUGAAGUGGCUGAAGCAGGGACCAGCUAUGCAAGUUCUGAUUCACCAGAAGAUGCGGGUGGGAUUUCUGCUUUACCACAACCGAAUGAAGUUGAUGUGGGCUUUCAAAAUAUUCCUGCUCCCAUUGUGCCAGAGAGUUUCGAGGAGCAAAUGAUGCUUGCAAUGGCAGUUUCUCUGGCUGAAGCUCGGGCUGUGACCAGUGGACCUGGGAUUACAUGGCAGUAGUUCUUUUAUUUUAGAAUAGAUUGGCUGUUGGUAGUUGAUGUUUCUUGGACGGGCGAUGCUGGUCAUGGCUAUUUUUUCUGCUCUCUCUCUCUCUCUCUCUCUAUCUCUCUGUGACGAGGAGGCCACAAGGAGAUGCUUGCAACUUGCAGAAUUUGAAAGGUAUUCAUCUCUCAUCUCUUCCAUUCUCAGUAUACAGAUGUAAAAGGAGAACCGAUUGUUCCAGUUAAAUGAAAGCUUGACACUUAUGCUUGUUGUAAUAAUCGGGUUUCCUCCA